AUGGCUGCUGCUGUUCGAACCGUUCACGCCGACCCAGUCUUGGAAAGGCCACUCGUCUCGCCUUUCAAUACUUUCACGAUGAACCUAUUAGGUAUGUUGAGACAGGCCAGGCCCAAGUGUCAUGAGAUGAGCCCAGAACUGAAUCACGAGGGCCACAUCGCAGCUGGAGGAGUGGCUGGAAUCAUGGAAGCCCUCUCAUGUCACCCACUCGACACGAUAAAGUUGCGAAUGCAGUUGCUGCGCCAUGAUCCACGUUUGCAACGCUCAGGCGGAUUCAUCAGUACUCUGGGACACAUCGUGCGGAACGAGGGUCUUGUUGGGCUCUACAGAGGCUUCGAUGCUGUCAUUCUUGGGAUGGGUCCCAAAAUGGGCAUUCGCUUUACCUCUUUUGAAGGUUACAAGCAUCUGGGUGCUUCAUUCACCGGGCAGCCAAUUCCAAGCAGUUCCGUGGUGUUCCUCUCUGGACUGGCUGCCGGAAUCACAGGGGCAGUCUGCGUUGUCAAUCCGAUGGAGGUCGUCAAAAUAAGGCUCCAGGGGCAGCACCGAGGAGGCGGAGGGGCCGUUGCGGGCCUACCCAUGUACCACAAUGCCUUUGACGCUGCCCGCGGCGUCGUCCGGAACGAGGGCAUGUCCGCACUCUGGCGUGGGGCGGCACAGCGAUACUGGAGCAAAAAGAGGGACGACAAAGAGCCCCUGCCGACGUAUGUGACAGGUGCUAUCGGGUUCUUCUCGGGCGCGAUGGGGCCGCUCUGCAACGCGCCGAUCGACACGAUUAAAACGAGGUUGCAGAACGCCGCAGCACACGGGGACAGGCGGAUACUGGGGAUCGUGACGGGUCUGAUAAGGGAGGAGGGUCCUAGGGCCCUGUACAAAGGCUUGAUGCCUCGGGUGAUGCGGGUGGCACCCGGGCAGGCGGUGACAUUCAUGGCCUAUGAGUUCUUCAAGACACGGCUGGAGAGUUUUAGGAUCUAA